UCUUUAAUCUUGUGGCUGUGGAGCAUUCCCUCAGUUGACGCCACCAUAUAUUUUUCUUUACGGUUCCUCUAAUAGAUCAUGGUGAUAUUUCUGGUCAAAACCCGAGAAAAAUAAUCCUAGUCCCACUUAUUAUCAUUAUCAAUUAGUAGUAGUAGAUUACUAAACAGCAGUUUCCUUUAAAGAAAUAUAGUUUGUGAGUUGUUUCCUGCAUUUUGUACUAAGUAUUCAACUUGACGUAAAGAUCCAGACUUUGGAGGUUAUUUGACGUAUAUUGAAGCGUUGUUGAUAAAGAGUUGAAAGUGAUAAGUAAUGUUGUUAGCCUUUAAAUUUGUGUUAAUAUUGGGGGAGUCCUAGAAAUGAAUAAUGCGGACACUUUGUGACGUUUGUGAAAGUGCUGCUGCCAUUCUUUUUUGCGCUGCCGAUGAGGCUGCACUUUGCCGUGCCUGUGACGAGAAGGUUCAUAUGUGUAAUAAGCUUGCUAGUAGGCAUGUGAGGGUUGGACUAGCUAAGCCCGAUGAUGUUCCUCGUUGCGACAUAUGUGAAAAUGCACCUGCAUUCUUUUACUGUGAGGUUGAUGGAAGUUCUCUUUGUCUGCAAUGCGACAUGAUCAUACACGUUGGAGGUAAACGAACACACAGUAGAUAUCUCCUGUUGAGGCAGAAAGUUGAGUUUCCGGGAGACAAACCUGGGCCUACGGAGGAGUUAGCCUGCAAGACAUUAGAUCCUAGUGAAAACAAGAGGGAAUAUAGUCACUCACCAAAGCCAAUGGUUGAAGACAAUCAACAAAAUCGCAGAUUCUCUCCUGUCCCAGUUUCAGAUGGGAGUGCAGAUGAUCAUGCCAAGAAGGACAAAAUGAUCGACUUAAAUGUGAAGCCAAGUCAUUAUCAUGGUUAGGCAUCUAAUCAGGAUUAAUACAUCUUGAGGGCUGUUCCAGCCAGAUCGCAUUUAUGAAGAAAUGUAAGUGAGGCGUCACACUUAUAACUCAUAUGGCGUGCAUGUUCCACCUUUGCGCAUGUGAUAGAAGAUUCACCAAUGUUAUUGAUGGAGCUCAUUAGCCCAGAUUAGUAGUCCAACAACAUUCAGGCAGCUAGUUUAUGAUAAACUGCAUGUUCUGAUUGCUUUGAGGUCCUGCUGAAAAACUUCGCUAGUAAUUUUUUGCUAGACUCGUAAUCAAGUUUUGUCUUAGGAUUUAGUUUAGCUGUUAAGACAGCAUCGUAGAACUGCCUGCUGAAAGUUGUUGAUGUAAUUGAAGUUUAAGGUGAUUUUGGCAGAUGUUGCUGUUAUCUUAAAAUCUAAGAUCACUUUUGAGUGUAGAGAUUAUUUUCAUUGUUUCUUGCAGUUGUAUUAAGGUUCAUUAAAAUUUUCUUUUAUCAAAAAGAAAAGAACUUUAAUACGUCACAUCCCCGUAGGAUGGUUUCUUUUCUAGCAAAAGGAAUGGCAACAGAAACAACCAAUUCUUCCUGCUUCGCCGGUAAGGAAGAAGAGGUGACUCCUACAUUCGAAAGAAACCAAAUAAUUAAAAGAAUUACAGAAAGCAGCUAUGGAGAAAGUUUUCUGCUGAAAUACAGGAUUCCAUAAGCAACAGUGAGCAAGAAGGAAGGAAAAAGAAAAGAAGAAACAGAGUGGAACAUGAGUCCUACAGUGUGAUAUUCCACGAAUGGGGAGCCUAGUAGUACGAAGAACUAUUUACAACUAGGUGAAUCAUUUGCAGCUAACUCUUUGAGGGAAUGGUAGUGGAAGAUAAUAGUUGGUGUGAUGGCAGUUCUAGCUAUGGCCUCAGCUGCAGUUCUGUAAGGCACAAAACUGUCGAGCAGAUAGAUUUGUGGAUGUCUGCGUGCCAGUAUUCAGAUAGGAGUUCAAUAUGAAGAUUAUGAAACAGUUAUAAGCCUGUACAAACGGAAGAUGUACUUUUUGUCCUUCAACUAUCAUUAAAUUAUGUAUCUCGUUGUCACAACAGGUCUGCAUAUACUUUACCUUCCCCAAACCCUACUUGUGGGAUUUCACUGAGUUUGUUGUUGUCACAACAGAUAUGUAAUUGCUCAUGCAUGAAUCACCCCAUCUUUUUUGUAGCAGUUAUCCUUCCUAUG